AUGAUAUCAAAGGUGGGUGGGAGCAGCGAGAGUGAGGAGAGUGAACAAGAACUGAAGACUCGAACCACCAGACGCCAACGACCUCACAUCACCCACCUACAGCAACCAUCCCAAGCUGAACUUGACGUAGCACCGUUGUCUCCGCCACCGUCACUGGAGAACGCUGAAGAGGAGGACUCGCCUAUCAAAGAGGAGCCUCAUCUACCAUCCACGCCGGAGUCUGGCUCAUCCGUAACCUCGUCUGAACUUUUCUCCCGCUUGACUCAGAGGGCAGCCUUGACGAGUGUCACCUCCAGUGAUGACACUUGUGGUGCUUCCUCCGCAGCCAGGACCACCUCCGUCAGCUGCAUACUGACGGAGGUGCCUGCACACGGUGACACUCAAGACAACCCCACCACGUCAACCUCCUCCACUCAACAACCUUCCAACCCCACCACCUCAGCCGACGAGGAAGGCUCGGUGGGUGGAGGAGAGAGAUGCCAGUCUUGCUGUACAGUCUUCCCCUCACUCCAAGACAACCAUCUUAGAGCUGCUGGUCUCUUGAGAGACGACUCCAUACCUAAUGAGAAUCUCUCGGCCCAAGAGAUUGAGAGCAAGUUUACUCAGCUGUCUUUGGCGUUCAAGACUGACAGACUAACACUGCGGCAGAGACUGGACGUGCAGCAGCGUCUGAGAGACACGGCAGAGACCAACUUCAGUACAGAGGUCAACCACCUCAUAAGCUCCAUUCUGGCACUGCAAUCGGAAUGCAUGGACAGUGACAUAAUUGAUGCAGUGAUGCAGGUGAGGAGACAUCUGGACAUCCUGGCCACUUCCUCCAACAGACUCGUCUCUGCUUCAGAGGUGUGGGGAGCAGUGCAACAGGAGUGGAGAGUGUCUCGGGCGCUGGAAGUGUUGUUGUUACACGUGGAGAACGUCAAGCGUAUGUACGAGAGGGAUCCCAAGAACUGGAGAAUUUGCGAGGCACUGAAAAUCGGAAUGCAUGGACGUGAAAAUUUGGCGUGUUGCAGAAUACUUAACGAGUACCAGAUUGAGCUACCGACAUCACAAGGGGCCAGUGGUGGAAACAACCAGUCAGCAGUAGACUCUCCAGCAGCAACCAGACGUCUGCGCGCUCUCAGCCUCGCAGGGUACUUCCAAUAA